GCAGACCUCUAAAUACUUGUCAAAAGUUUUCCUGACUAAUAUGCUCCUUGAACAAGUGAAACUUGUGUUAUUGUUGUCAAAAUUAUGAUAGCCUGCUAGUUCUUAUGUUUUCUGGCCUCCCUUUACAGUUCUGAUACAUGAAGAGAGCAAAGAUUCUUGGUCUACAAUGCAUUGUUGCAAAGCCAUUGAAGUGCCCCCUCAUUGAAGGCCGUGGUUUGUCUCUUAUAAAUAAUAUUAGACUUCUUUUGAUAAUUGCUAUCUGUAGAAUUGACAUGUUAUAUGUAGAUUGUCUGUAGAACUAUAAGACAUUCAAUACCAGUUGAAGAUUAGACUUCAUGUAGAAAUUUUAUCCAUAUUGCUUCCUACAUGUAUUUCAUUAUCAACUAAUUCUUAAUGUCAGGUUGGCGAAGGAGUUCACUUUUAGAGGCGUAGAUGGCUGUAUUAGUAUCUGAUUCAUUCUCCUUAUUUCAAGUCUCUACAGGUUUGCAGGUUAUCAAACAGCAAUGGUGAUCAGCAUCAGGUUCAUCUCUCCUAACAAUUUUUUCUCCAUUUCAGAUCUGAGUGUUACAUUUUUCUUUUAUUUCAAGAUUGCACACCAUGAUUGCCAUCAACAAUGGUGGGUGACACCCAGCUAAUGUGUGGAAUCAAGGUGGGUGGACACUACACCACAGGAAUACGCAUGAAAAGGAGAGAUUCCGCACCCAGUUUGGACCAGGUGGCAAUGGCAGACCGUUGGCUGAGUUAUUGGAUGGACCCCAUGAUGACAACGAACUUCGAUCAGCAUCAGAAAGCAAUGUCAGAUUAAGAAGACAUGAAGUAGAAUAGCAGAAGCUAUGUAAAGGAUCACAACAUUAGAUUCUUGGAUAUAAUAUGCGUUGCAAUUAACGGAGCAUAGAGGAAGGCGAGGAAGAGUCCCACAACAUCAUGGAGCUGGAGAUGACUAGUGCAAAGAAGAAGCCUACGGUCUCUGUGAAGAAGACAUCAGCGCCACCACCUCGGCCGCUGUCGUCGCCUAUGAAACCGAUCAAGGUGAGGAGCUUCACGAGGGAGGAGAUCGACCGGUACUGGAGGACGAGAAGAAUGGUCGAAGAGGACCACCUCCUCUUCGCCGAGAAGGCGGCGGCCCGGAUCAGUGCCAAGGCUCUCGAAGGGGCCGACCACCAACAAUUCGAGGAACUGCUGAAGGAGAUGUUGGAGGAGGAUGUGAAGGAGAAGACCAGCAGCGAAAACGAGGAGCUACGGAUAGGAAUCAAGGACUGGUGGACCAAGAGCAAGUAUGCCUAUCUGAACCAGCCGGCCAUCAGAUCCAUGGGGGAUAAUGCAGCGGCCGAACCAGCCAACUCCACCACGUAUCUCCCACAGAAGGCCUGCUGUUACUCCCCUCCUGCCAUGUAGCACUUCUCUGUCACACCAUUUGGAGUUCAUCAGAUUCUCGAGGUCAGAACGCCGGUGGCUUACAAAUGUGGUGGGAUUUUAUGUACAUAAAUAAAUAUUUGGGAACUGAUGUGGCGGUGUGCAGCCUCACCAUUUGGGGUUGUGCUUAAUGACUUUACCUAUACAACCUUAUAAAUCUCAACUCAA